AUGGAAUACGAGAGAAAAAUAGAUGAACUUUGUCCAGAAGAAAUAAGAAACACACUGCCGAAGUUUGUUGAAAAGCUUUGCUGUCAGAGAAAUGCAGAUAGAUGUGUGACUCGUCUACCCGAUUUUGAUGUACUUAUUCUGAAUGAGGCAGUCCUUGCUCUAGCAAGACUGUACAGACAGGACAUCCUUGCCAUGCCAAAGGAUACUGCCAUAAAUCGGGCCAAUCGACACACUGCUUACCGCCAGUUUCUGUUGUGGCACCACGGCAAAUUGGGAACGGGCAACAGACGUGUCAUUCCGAGCUGCUGCAUAUGGCGUAUCAGAGAUAGAUUUCCUGAUCCAUAUGGAUUAUGUUAUGUUGGAUUCAAAGAUGAAAUGUUGGAGUUAUAG